CCUCCCCGCCCCGUCCCGCCCGCCGGCGCCAUCGCCAUCGCCAUCGCCAUGCAGUAGCGCAGCUGCUCCUUGUGCGGCCCUUGAACAGGUCCCGGGCCCGAUCCCCAGCUCCCCCCCGGGACACCAUGGACAACAAGUCGUUCGCCAUCGUGCUGGACGAGAUCAGGAAGGGUGUUCUCACUGAUCAAAAAAUAAAGGCGAUUGAAUAUGUACACGGAUAUUUUUCAAGUGAACAGAUAGUUGAGCUACUGAAGUAUUUUUCUUGGGCAGAACCACAACUAAAGGCUCUUAAAGCCCUACAGCAUAAAAUGGUAGCCAUCCAUGUAUCUAAAGUAAUAAAUAUUCUCCAUUGUCUUACUUUCACAAAAGAUAAGCUCGUUGCCUUAGAGCUAAUAUCAUGGAACAUUAUUGAUCCUCAUAAUUAUCGACUGAUUGAAGAAAUUUUCCGGGUACACUUGCCAGAAAAGAAACGCUGCAAAAGAAUUCUAGAUCAGGCAUCGAAGGCAGGCUGCAAGGCUCCCCUUGCCAUGAGAUCUUCAUGUGGAAUGAUCCCAGGGAAUCCGUAUCCUAAAGGAAAACCCAGCAUAUUAAAUGGUUUGUUGGCAGCUCUUUCCGUGAAGAAAGAAAAUGAAGAAGGAUGCACUAUUAGCCGAGGAAUAGCAACCUGCAUCCUGGGACCCUGCAAACCAGCACCAGUAACAUAUAAUCCUCACAAGCCUGUUCCGUACCCUAUACCUCCCUGCCAGCCACAUGCAACUAUCGCACCAAGUGCGUAUAACACCGCUGGCCUGGUCCCAAUGGGUGGUUUCAUGGCUCCUGUUGUAGCACCAGCUGCCUAUGCGGCACAACAAGCCUUUUCCCGGCCAGCCAGCCAGUUGAGUUACAACCCGUGUGCUGCCAACCUGCACACAGCUACAUUCUCACCCCAUGGAUCGUACCCGUCGGCUCCAGCCACACCCAUCGCCGUGCAGUCUCCUGCAAACCAGCCGGGCUAUGCCUCGGCACCCAGCACCCCGGCCUUCUCGCGCCUCGGCAUGUCCACCCCGGUCCCUCUGCCCGCCGGCACCUCCGCAGCUUCCUACCCUGAGUGCCAGAAUGUGCCCACCAUGGUGUCGACAUCACCACAGACCCCCCAGCCUCUGGGAGAGAUGAUAACCGUGAACACAGGCACUGCCGCUCACACCUCGACCGUGGCAGGGCUGGCGCCCAGUGGCAGCAACGCGAGCUGCAGCCCCGCUGCCAUGCAACAAACCGGUUUAUCCUCAGGUUUUCCAACCAGUGAGUGUUCCAGCAGCUCUCUGUGCACUGGCAACUCGUUCCCAAAUCUCGUCUCCUUCCCAGGUAUCUCCAUGUUUUUCCAAAAUCAGACUCUAUCUGCUGCCACCCUGUCGGCACUCCAGGCUGGAAUGAGUGCUGCCAAUCUGCCCGGCCUUCAGUCCAUCGCGGCUGCAGCCACCCUGGCAGGGAUGCACUCCUCUGGAGCGGCUCCGUCUCUCUCUGCUCUGCACAACGGUCUGCUGGCAGCCAUGGGGCCGGGCCUGCAGCAGGUCAACCCCGCCGCUGGACCCCAGUCUGCUGCCGACGUCGCCUCCCUCCACGGGCUCCAGACCACGGCGUCCCUGGGCCCCCUCCAGUCAAACGCCACCUCCAACUCUCUCCCAGUGUGUCUGGCCGGAAUGCAUCCCGCUGCAGCCUCGCCCAUCGCGUUGCAAUCCAGCGCUGCAUCUCCAGCAGGACUGCGAUCGACGGCUGCCUCCCCGGCUGCCCUGCAGGCUGCGGCCUCUCUCGCCGGCCUGCACGCCGUGGCCGCCUCUCUCGCCAGGCUGUCGCCCGGUGCUGUCCUCGCCCCCGCCUCCGAGUACCAGCCCGCCGCCUGCUCCCCCUCUGGCCUGCAGCCCCCCAUGUCCUCCCUACCCGGCCUGCACCCCGCCUCCUUCUCCAGGCUCCAGUCCUCGGCGCCGUUCUCCGGCCUCGACUCCAUCGUUGCGGCCGCCUCCCUGGCGGGGUUGCAGACGGUGACGAGCGGGGCGUCCCUCCCCAGCCUACAGUCGGCCGCUCCCGCCUCCGCUCUCCCUGGCCUGGAGUCCGCCAUGGCCGCAGUUUCCUCCCUGCCCGUACUCCAGUCCACUCUGGGGGCUGCCACCCUGCCCGGCCUCCAGUCACUGGGGGCCGGCUCCCUGCCCGGUAUACAGUCCGUGGUGGGUAGUCCUGCCCGCCCUGCCAUCCAAACCUCCUUUGCCGGACUCCAGACGACCGGUGGUGUAAAUCCAGCAGCAACGAUGGAGCUGGCGUCCACUGUGGAUACAACAUCGUUGCCGGGGUUUCAGACCACCAUGGGGACCACAUCACUCUCCGGGUUACAGUCUGCUACACAGUCCGCUCUACUACAGGCCCAUUCAACUGGUUCUCUGGAGAACUUUCAAACUCAGGGCAGCAACAGUUAUGCGUGCUAUCCCUCUGGGCCUCCUACUCCGUACUCCCUUCAGCCCGGCCCUCCUUCUCAGCUUGGGUGGCAGUAAGGUGCGGACCCUGGGCUUGUGCCAGUUGAACACAUCCAGCUCUUUGGAGAGGGCGUGCAGCUGAAACUUGGUGAUCUUUUUUUAAAACAAUGAAUUUAAAGAUUAAAAAAAAAAAAGAAGUGUGAAGAUUGAAAUGCAGUAUUUUAAUUGAAUUGUUCCUUGUUACUUGUAAUGAGCCUUUUCAACUGGAAAUUCAAUCAAACGUUAAAUUCACUGCAUCUCGGUACACAUGACAAUAAUUAUAUACUGACAGAUGCAUUAUGUGGGAACUGAGGGACUGGAUCAUGCCAUUGAGUUCCUGGGCUUGUUAAUUACAAUCUGAUUUGGGUUUGGGUUAAUUCUUCUCAUGUGUACCGAGGUACAGCGAAAGCUUUGUUUUGGAUGCUUUCAGCAAAAUUAAUUUAAAACCAUAAUUACAAUGAGGAGUAUAAUUCUGCCAAUUACUGACAGCAUUGAAAUCAGAUUCCUGCAUCUACAGUAGUUAUUUUUGUUUUCAUAGGUUAUAGGUUGCUGGACUGGUAGCUGGAAUUUUAAGACACAAAUGGUAAAACUCAGUGGGUCAGGCAGUAUCUCUGGAGAACAUGAAUGGGUGACGUUUCGUGACGGGACCCUUCUUCAGACUGAGCAGAUACGUCCCGACCCGAAACGUUACCUAUCCAUGUUCUCCAUAGAUGCUGCCUGACUCGCUGAGUCACUAUAGCACAUUAUGUCAAUUGUUUUGUAAACCAGCAUCUGCAGUUCCUUGUGUCUAGCUAAGAUUUUGAAACGGGUCAUUGAAAAAAUAUGGACUUGGAAAAAAAAAAUCUCAGUAAUGGCAAGCAGAGAUUAUUUAGAUUGUCCAUAAACAUUCCACGUGAUUAAUUAGUGUCUUCCAGGGAAGGACAUGCCUAGUCUUUGUCUGGUCCAGUCUAUAUGUGACUGCUUAUCCACCUUUGAGCUCAUCUUCUUAACUCAGGGGCAGUUGGGGAUUGGCAGAAAACGCCUGAGAUGUACACAUCUAAUUCCUUGGAGUGCAGGAGGAUGUUAGCGAGGCGUAAAAAUCAUGAGAGGAAUAGUUUGGGUAAAUGCACAGAAUCUUUUGCCCAGAGUAGGGGAAUCCAGAACCAGAGGCCAGAGUUAAAUUGGGAAAGAUUUAAUACAAACCUGAGGGGUAACUUUUUUCAUGAUUGGUGGUUGGUGUAUGGAACGAGCUGCCGGAGGAGGUAGUUGAGGCAGGUACUAUCAGAACAUUUAAGAAACAUUUGGACAGGUACAUGGAUAGGAAUGGGUUAGAGGGAUAUGGGCCAAGCACAUGCAGAUGGGACUAGUGUAGAUGGGGUAUGUUGGGUGGUAUGGGAAGCUAGCUGUUAUGCUGUAUGACUAUGACUAUCUCAUAAUCAAAAAAAUAAAUACAAGGCAAAACAGAAUGCACUGUUCCAACUGGAUCAAAGUUGCUGAACAAAGAUGUUCCCAUUUAAGACCCAUCCUAAGGAGGGUUUUGACCCAAGCCAUCACCUAUCCAUGUAAUCCAGAGUUGCUGCCUGACCCGCUGAGUUACUCAAGCACUUUGUUCCCAUUUAAAUCAUGCCUGUGGAACGGGUGGAAAAUAAUGAUGAAAACAAUGAGACCAUAGUCCAAUCUAAAUAGCUCAUCAAGUCUAUGCUCUGUAGAAAAACCCCUGCCACAAUCCAAAUAAUGCAGUACAAUAUAGGGAAAUAGUAAAGCCAUGAACUUUUCAGAUCCAGGAAGUGUAUAAAACCGUGAGGGGAUCAAAAACCAGAGGACAAACGUUUAAAGGAAGAGGGGAAACAUUUAAUAGGAAACUGUGGGGCACCAUUUUCACACUGAGAGUGGUGGGUAUAUGGAACGAGUUACCAAAGGAAGUAGUUGAGGCAGGUACUUUAACAACAUUUAAAAGGCAUUUACACAGUUACAUGGAUAUGAAAGGUUUAAAGGAAUAUGUGCAAAAUGUGGGCAAAUUAUACUAGCUUAGAUGGGGCAUUUUGGUCGCCGUGGGCAAUUUGGACCUUUUCCAUGCUGUAUGGUUCUAUAAAUUAAGACUAGCAACUCUCUGGUGAUAAUAAGUUAAACUUUAUUUUUUGUUUUCAGUACUCUGGAAAUAUUUACCUACUAGUCACUGUCUGGUUUGAGGGAUCACAGAAUACUUUCUGAUUUUAAAACAUUCCUGAUUCCUGAAAGUGACGCCAUGCUCCUUUUUGAAAUUCAGACUAAUUUCGUGCAUGUAGUUUCUCUUGUGUGGUAGUCCAUAACCAUCUUAGAUAUGAGAUAGUGACUGUUCAAUUCAAUGAGGAGUUGGGAGCGAUUUUUAUUCGGGUAAGUGGCAAGAUUUAGGAUGUUGUAAAUAGCAGGCAUUUAGACAUAAAUUAGUCGAUGAAAUAUGAGCAAUAAUGUUAGAUUUUUGUAAAGAAACAUGAAGCUAGAAUUACUUUGAAAUGUAAUAAAUUGCAAUUCAAUGUUACUAUUUUAAAGUAUUUAUAAUGUAAAUACUAAUGGAAAUACCUGCUGUGACCUUAUCCUCCUCAUGUAGUCUCAACAAAGACUACAAAUCCUCAGACGUCAGAAAUGAUUUGUGGGUGAUAGUUGAAGGCCAUAAGGUUAGUUGGCAGCUCUGUUAGGGAAAUUAUACAUUUGCCAACAUACUCAGUAAGGAAUUCAUACACCUCAUAUUAUUGAGGAAGGUUCGUUCAGGAAUAAACCUUGGUCCAGCUACUGAUUUUCUGCAUUCUCUGUGUCAGUCUGUUUUAUAGAAAACUAUUGUAUAAAAUGAACAUUUUGUCAGAUAUACGAGGGCUUCAAUUAAGAAGAUUCAACAAUUGACAUUUUAGAUGUUCCCAAGUAUUGAUGUGGAGGGUAAGCAGUUAAACAAUGUUCUCAUAAUCAUGUUAUAUCAAUUUUAAUUUAACAAUCCUGUAUUUUGCCAAUUGUUGGUAUCAUGGGGUAUCAUCUUUAAAAUGAUUUUUAAAUGUGAAGCUGUAAGGCUUAUAAAAGGUUGCAUUUUUAACAUUGUUUUUAAAUAGGUGUAGCGGAUUGCACAUGCAUGUGAUGUAAAAACACACUUUCAGAAAGUGUUGUUCCUGUGUCAUUAAUACAUGUAUCAUUGAGUGUGGUAUCAAAUUAUAUGUCAUUGUUUUAUAUGCUGUCGGGAUAAAAUGAACUUCACCACGAAUAGAGUGUAUGUUAGUUACUUUUGUAUUUGAGUUUGAGUUUUUAAUGUCUUGCAAACAUCCAUCAGAACAUGAAGAUUUAAAAAAAAAUUAUACACGU